UUUGCAAGUAGCAACUCGGGGCUGGCUGAGGUUGAAUGAAGAAACCGGAAAAGUCCCCACGAUUGGGUGGGCUCCUCAACUUUAUACUGCGCCGUUUUCAUGCACCGUGAUGGACGUGCGCUAAACUAGUUUGUGUAGGCAUGUGGGAUGGUCCCAUCAUGUGCCAUGCAGUACUCAUGAGUGGUGAUGAUGCUGCUGCCACGGUUGCAGAAGGUAAAGCCCUUUGCACAAGGUAAAGCUCUGGAUGAGUGAAGAGGAACGAAUUUGAAUUGAGUGCUACAUCUCUAAUACAAGUUAUGUGUGAUGGCUCUCGGGGAAUUCGAGGGGAAGCGCCAAGACGCUGUGCCUGCUUCCCGCGCGUUCGUUUACCGUUUACAUCCCGCCUGAACCCAAACAACUUAUCGACAACGCCCUUGCGAUUCGACCGCGACAAAACCGACGCGUCACCCACAACAACGCGCGCAUACACUCGUUGCGAACGACAACUGCAGAUAUGGCGCCGACCAAGAAACGCGAAGCGCGCGAAAACAAUUACUACAACGUUGGUGUGCAGGGAAGGAAAACUGGCAUCACACUCGAAGACAAAGGCAUAUACGACGAACAUGGCCUCGAACCAGUCUCCGGCAUCUUCUCGUCACCAGAGCGGUCCCCACCAAAGCGCGGAGAAGAUGCGACAGGAUCAGGGUCAAUGGAAAUACAAAACAGUUCCAUGCCCGACCUCAUGACAUCCCACCAAAUCCUGCGGAACAGCCGAACAAACCUCCCUCCGCCCCGAUCGCGAUCGCCCAAGAAGACAAACCUCGGUUCCUCGCCGCGAAGACAAUCGUCCAUGGCGUUGCGCAGCUCACUUCCCCCAUCUAGCCCUGUGCGCGACUCUUCCCAACCGAUUGCGCGACGCCUCGACUUUGAACAGGACGAAUCCAGCCUACAGGAAACACCAGCGCUGAGCGGGUCUGGCGCGAGGCGUGGAGCGAAGCGAUCCGACGUGUACGAUAUACCCGAAGACGAAUCGCCGGCGCCAGACCCGAGUGCGGUUUUUGAAGAAAGCAUACAGGAAGAGAUUGCGAGCCAGUCGGCCGCACUGCCCGAGGAGAGUUUUAUCGGACAAAUAGGAGACGACAGCAUGACGGACGACGAGCCAGUUGAGGAACAGGAGAUUAACGAGGUUCAACAAGACUCUGAGGUUGUGUCAGAACCUCCGAAGGACAAGGCCAAGAGGGGCAGGAAACGGAAGAGCGAUGUUGCGCAAGAUUCAGAGGGGGAGCAGGAAGCAACAGAGCAGCCACGCAAACGGGGUCGCCCUACGAAAGAAGCUUCGGAAUCACAGAAGAGCAAGAAGAUUGCGCCUACACCAGCGACCGAGCGCCGACGGUCGCAGCGUGUGUCUGAUAUCAGCGAAAUGGAGGCACCCAUCGAUGAUUCUGUAGACCAAUCUGAGCAGGUUGAGGAGCAAAUUCAGGAGCCACUUAUUGCACCGAAACGACGGGGGCGGCCACCCAAAGUACAACCAGAUACUGAACAAGAAGAAAGCAUCGUCGAUGCGCCAGUUGAAGACCCAGUGGAUCAAUCCGAACAGAUUGACGAAGUGCCUGCACCGAAAAAGCGAGGACGACCAGCCAAAGUACAACCAAAUGGCGACAGAGCGUCAGCAUCAGCAUUGGCCAAACCAGCUAAGAGCGGCGCCCUAGCAGAGAAGUCUGAUUCAGAAUUUGCAAGACCUGAGAAACCCCGGGGUAGACCACCAAAAGCCAGUGCAGACUCCAGUAAAUCAGCUCCAAAACCAAAGGAAAAGUCAAAAGAGAAGACUCCACAGGCGGAGAGCGAAGAAGCCGGCAAGCUAGUAGACGUCUACGGCAACCCUCUCAGUAAAAAAGACAUCGAUCAAAUGUCUGCAACAUCAGGCGGUUCGCGCUUCGGCCGCGGUCGUCACCUCUCCGUCUUCCGCGAAAUGGAUCCAGAUAACGUUGCGAGAGUGGGUCGGACAGGUCGACACCGCGUGGCGCCCAUUGAUUUCUGGAAGAACGAUCAUAUUAGUUAUGAGCCGGACGGGAGUAUGAGUAGUAUCGUUAAGAGCCAGGCUGUUGAGGAGGAGAGGAGGGUGGGGAGGAAGGCGUAUAAGACCAAAGGCAAGAAGAAAGUGACUGUAGAAGAAGAGGAGAUCGAACUCGAUCCCUGGGAGGAAGAAGGCACACUCGUUGGCAAUUUUAGAGGAUUCGAUCCUGUUGGUGAGGUUGCGAGUGGUGAGAUUGUCGAGGAUGCAAUCGCGUGGACACAAAACGGUGUCCAACCCCGCGACGUAGGCGAUGGCGGCUUCAAAUACGCAAAAAUUGGGUCCGUCGGCAACUUCUUCAACUGGGGGCUCAUUGAACUGGGACCCGAUCAGAUGAAGCGGACCAAGAACUCAAGGUACAUGCAUAUGAUUUUCAAUGUGCAGAGCGGGACGGUGGAGGUGAGAAUGCAUGAGAACGAAUUUGUGGUGCAUAAGAUGGGGGUUUGGCAGGUGCCUAGAGGUAUGUUUUGCGCUUUCUUUGUCUUUGCUUGUCUUCUUUAAAGUGUUUGGAUGGCGAUGAGAUGAAUGUCUCAUUGCCGGUCUUUUUACGCGCACUCACUGCACUCCCUUUGCUUACAUUCCCCUUUCUCCUCACUCUCUUUGUCCCCUCCAGUCUUUGUACGACAGCCGUUGCAUUAUGCUUGACGCCAGACGGUUACCAGUCGGGUGUUCGCAUACUUGUAUCCCCAUCCCACCUCUCCU